AUGAGGCUGUUAACCCACAACAUGCUAUCGUCCAACAUCAAGGGCGUGGCCAAUGACUUCCGUUUGCGAAUCGACAUCGAGAAAGUUGUCGAGAAGCAGAUCGAGUGGAAGGCCCUCAUAGACGCCUCCAGAUCCAUGGGCUACACAAAGCUUCCCGAUGAGGCCGACCCUUCGAUGCUAGACUCCGAUGACUUUCUCCAGAAGUUCCACCACGCACUCCUCGAGCUCCACCUCGAAGAAGGUGCUCUUGUCUGCCCUGAGACCGGCCGAAAAUUUCCUGUCAAUAAGAGGAUUCCCAAUAUGCUUCUUCAUGAAGACGAGGUGCCCAUUUGGUUAAUCAGGGAGGUACGACUUGUUAAGCAUCGUGACUGUAGAUGGAACUUCAGAUGUUCAGCCACUUCUUUUGAAGAAAAGAUCAUGCUUCUUCGAAUCAAAUCAGGGAAAACAAAUAUACAUCUCCAAGUUUCUCUGAAGCUCUCACUGUUUAUCAGCAUAGCUUUCAAAUCGACCUGCCGACAUCAUUCUUCUUCAGAGACAGAAAUUGAAAGUGAGAGGAUUACCAAAAUUAUCAACGACCAUCCAUUUCCUGAUCACCCACUUCAUCUUACCCUUUGUCACCAGAUUCCUCCAGUUGUCCUUUCCCCUACCUUUGUGGAAAAUGUUCUUGGUCGCCUCUUCGCAACCCACUCUAAUGGCCUCAAAGCCUUCGAAUUUUUCAAAUACUCCCUCCUCCACUCCCAGUUCUGUCCAAGUUCUGAUGCUUUUGAAAAGACCCUCCACAUACUUACGCGAAUGUGCUAUUUUGAUAAAGCUUGGGAACUGAUGGAAGAAAUCAGGCGGUCACACCUCUCCUUGCUUACCCUUAAGUCAAUGAGCAUCAUGUUAUCGAGAAUUGCAAGAUUCCAAUCAUAUGAAGAUACCCUUGAAGCAUUCGAGAGGAUGGAGAAGAAAAUAUUUGCUGGGAAAAAAUUUGGUACUGAUGAGUUCAACAUACUUCUUCGAGCAUUUUGCACACAACGGCAGAUGAAGGAAGCACGAUCUGUGUUCAACCAGCUGCAUUCUCAAUUUUCCCCCAAUGCCAAGACAAUGAAUAUUUUGCUUUUGGGUUUCAAGGAAUCGGGUGAUGUUACUGCAGUUGAGCUGUUCUACCAUGAGAUGGUUCGAAGAGGGUUUAAGCCUAACAAUGUAACCUAUAAUAUCAGAAUUGAUGCCUACUGCAAGAAGGGCUGUUUUGGUGAUGGACUCAGACUAUUUGAAGAAAUGAAACAGAUAAAUUGCUCGCCUACAUUGGAAACAAUAACUACUUUGAUUCAUGGAGCAGGGGUUGCUCGGAAUACAACCAAGGCAAAAGAGUUGUUCAAUGAAAUCUGCAUGAGAAAUUUACUGCCAGAUAUUGGGGCAUACAAUGCCCUCAUGAGUUCUCUCAUCAGAUCUAGAGAUAUGAAGUCUGCUGCUAGCUUUAUUAUUGCUUCAAUUCGAUAGGAAUAGUUAGUUCUGUGUGCCUUUUCAAAGGGUGUUGAGAUGAGAUGUCUAUUGGAAUAAGGCUUUGUCAAGUGCAAUUCAUUGGAGGUUAUUGAUCGUCUCCUUCAGAAGUUUAAAUUCUGUUUGAGAGUUUGAAGUGCAGUGGCCUAAAUAAUAAUUCACAAGUUGCAGAGAGAUCAAUGUGUGCUGCAAACUUUGUGCUUCUUUAAUACCCAUUUAGAGUUGGACUGCUCUGCAUCUAUAUCCCCCCAAGUGAUUUGACAUAGUAGCCCAUGCAUUCAGCAUAGGAUUUGACUCUGCUAAAGCUAAGUGUUGUGAAAGUCUGCUGGUUUUCCCUAGGGCUUUUUACCCUCUCAUCUGUUGCCUUAUUUA